UAUUCAUAGCAAUAAGGUUUCUUGGAAUGGCCUAUAAUGCACGCAAAUACUAGUUUACGCACUUUUCGGGUAGUACGCCUGGAAUUUCAAAAUGGCGUUCAAACGGUGGUUGGUCGUUGAAGGCUCAGGGGGUCAGUAUCGUCGCUGACGCCAACGCGACAACAUGUACCGCUGAUUGAUUCCGACAUCAGCAACAUUGCUCCAGUAUUGUUGCAAGAUGAAGUUCAAAAGGAUAAGUGGUAAAGGGCAGAAAUGGAAGAAGGGUCACAGCUGUGUGUCUAAUUCCCAGAACACCAAGUACAGGGAAGCAGCCAGAGGAUGUUUCUUUCAAAAAGUAGAAGGGAAAAGUGGCCUGACAACGACUGCCCUGGCUGAACAUAAUGCAGCACUUGGCAGCAUUGAGCAGCAGAUGUCAGAGCUCUGUGUGGAUUUUGAAGAUCUACGUAGUGCUGGGAAGACCUUCAACACCUUUGCAACCAAUUUUACGACUUGUACUAUUCCUGCCUUUGAUAAAUUCUUCAAGAAUUUCAGUACCACGUCUGAACUGCAAACCCGCAUGUUGGCUAUUCAUGCUGCAGCACAAGAGUAUAUGACAGAAGCUGGCAUGCCUGAGACACCGACUUCGUAUUUUUGCAGCCUGAUGAUUAGCUUGGAGGGAAUCAGUGAGAGUGAAGACGAUGUGGCAGCUACGUUGUCGCUGAUGGUGAAGGUGAUUCGACGUGUCAGUAUAGAAGUCCUUCGUGCCAAGUUCAGUGACAUUGUCAAGGUCCUGGAUAAUACCAUCACAAAGUAUCAGUUAUCCACAUCUGGUGCCUUGGUUAUUAAUUUAAUUGGGUCUAUGUCAGUACUGUUACGAGCCCAAGAGAAGGUGCAGUGGACAAAUCCAUACAUGAUGGACUUCAUGCAAAAAAUCCUUGCCUACACAGUCCAUGAGAAACCGAAGAUCAGGAAAACGGCACAGUAUAACCUGAGUGCUAUUCUAAAGGGUUCUUCCUUCAUGGUGGGUGAUGAUGUGCCCAAGUAUAGUCAUCCAGGGGCAGGAGCAGUGGCCGAGUUCUGUAUUUCUCAACUCCGAGCUGCGGUUGAGAUGGGAAAUACCAAAACUACUCUACAUAUUCUUGUCCUUCUUAGACAAGUCAUAAUGGCUUUUCCCAGGAAACAGUUAAAGUGUGUGUGUGAGUGUGUUCUCUCAAUCAUGCAACUGGGCAAAUCCCUCACCAACACCUGUGCCAUGCAAGCUCUCUACAGCCUCUUCAUUUCCAAACCUUCACCAGUUGCAUUUCCAGCCGACAUUAACGCUGCUCUCAUCAGUGCUUUGACAACAGAGGCAGCUGGUGCCUCCAGUCGUUCAUUGGCAGUAAUCCCAGGGAUGAACGAUCCACAACCAGCCAGUGCUUGGAUAACAGUCCUUACAGUAGCUCAUAUUAAUCUCUUCCAAUUAAAUGAGGACCAGGGAAUGAAAUUCAUUGCCUCAUGGUUUGAGCAACUUGUCCCUUACUGGAAGAGCAACCACAGUGAAGUGCAAUCAAAGGUGUUUGAAUCAUUUGAAGUAUUGUUGCAAGAAUGUGUAGCCAACUGCAGCAAGGAAUUUCUCGCCAGCAACCAGGGACACGUGGCAACUAUCAUGCGGGCUGUCGAAGGGGGACUCUCGUUCCAAUUCCAAUCCGCAUGGGAUCAAGUGUUCAAGUGCCUGAAUGUGUGUUUCACAGUAAUUGGCCCAAACUUUGCAUCCAUGGUGGAGCCUUGUCUUAAAAACCUAACAGAGUUAAUGGAAAACUCGCAUUUGCCUCACCGCAUGUAUAUAGAGCAAGCCAUAGGUGCAGCAGUGAGUGUUUUGGGACCCAAGUCACUAAUGGCUCUAGUGCCGCUUGAGGUGACAGGCAAUAUUGCUGAAGAUGAGAAACAUUUUUGGGUUCUCCCUGUUCUUAAUAAAUAUGUAAAGAAUACGCAGCUGUGUUACUUUGAAGAUUACUUUGUUCAUAUAGCGGGCAAAUGCUUUAUGCUUCUGAACUCGCUCAAAGAAAAAGGCCAAGAAAAUUCUCUUCUGUCUAAGGCUUACCAGGUAGUGGAAAGGCAGAUCUGGGCUAUGCUGCCAAGUUUUGCUGAUAAAGCAACUGAUGUAGAACAGGCUCUCAGCAAUGAAAAGUUUGCACGUAUUUUAUGUGACCACAUCAAAUUCCGCGAUGACACGAGGUCAAACAUUAUGUUAGCUCUGCGCAACAUGAUCAACGAUAACAUAGAAAAUCCUGGACGAUUACUCACUUACUCUAAAAAUUAUAUCCCUGCUUUAUUCAAUGUUUAUCUUACUCCACCUAAGGACAAAGGCAAAAAAGCUACAGAGAAUGUUACUAUAGGUUCUGGUCAAAGACAAGCUGCACAUUACACACUCAGAACUUAUCUACAGAUCAUCCCUAUGGCAAAAUGUAAAGAAUAUCUAGGACUUAUCAUGACUAAGUAUAAUGAUGAAACUGACAGCUUCAAAAAACAGGCAUUUUUGGACCUGGCCAGGGCCUUUCUUCCUUACCUGGACAGUAGUUUGUUGUAUCGCCUCUAUGAGAAAGUAAAACCACUGAUCGGCUCGGCAAAAGAUCACAAGGAGCAAAAAGCUGCAUAUAGACUGCUGGAGGAAAUUCUAGGUGUGGGAUCAGAGGGUGGUCAGGAUUUCAUAAUGAAUAAUCUGGAUGAACUUUGUAAGUUAUUGUUGGAAUCGCUCUCCACUGCAGCUCCUAGCUCACGUGCUCCACGUUUGAGAUGUGUUAGACAAGUUGUGCUGCAGUUGAGAAGUGACAUGGAAACAUCAAGUAGAGAUGCCCUCCUGAACCAAGUAGUGGGGGAGUGUGUCAUGUGCUGUGGAAGGAGCAUGUCUGAAGCCACACGUAAAGCAGCCUUUCUCCUUCUGUCAGAAGUUGGUUCCACAAUCCAGAAGCAUCUUCAGUGUUCAGGGGAGGACACUGUACGUCACUGCCUGAAGUUGCUCUUGGCGGGGCUGGCUGGUUCACCGGUUCUUGCAGCCAACUCUAUCUUGGCCAUCACUUCACUCACAUACCAGUAUAAAGAUAUCAUAUCUGAUGAUAUGAUUGAAUUGCUUAUGCAAAACAUGUGCGUCCAGCUGCUUUGCAACUCCCGGGAAAUUGUUGGCUCCUGUUUAUCUUUCAUCAAAUCGGCUUUCAUCAUCUUCCCUGUUCCUGUCAUGUCCAGCCAUAUAGAUACAAUUGUUAAGGCUCUUUGUAAUAUCAUACCAGAUUGUCAAAGAAAAUUCAGGCUGAAAACGCGUGACAUCUUGGUCAGAUUGAUGCGCAAGUUUGGUGCAGAUCGCAUAACGGCUCUGGUGCCAUCAGGUGAUACUAUACUGCAUAAACGCAUCCGAAACCUUCGAAAAUUAGAAGCAAGAAAGCAGCGAGAACGGGAAGCAAGAAAAGACAGCGAAGGCAUGAGUGACGAUGACGACUUCAAAUCUCGGGCUCUCCCUGCUAGUUUGGAUGAAGUGCUGGAUGAGAUAGACACUGAUGAUGACGAUGAUGAGGAGGAGCAGGAGGGAAAAGGCAAGAAGAAAGCCAGACCUAAAGGUAAAGGCAGAGAGGAAGCCAAUAAGAAGAGUACCUGGAUAAAAGAGGACAGUGAUGAUAUAGUGGAUUUCCUAGACUCAUCAGCUGGCCAGUCUAUUGUCUCCAAGCGUCCUGUUAUGAAGGCAAACUAUGAUAGCAGGUCCACAAAGGGUGAUGCAGGUGGUGGUGGCUUCAAAGUGGACAAGAUCACGGGAAAGCUGAUCAUUACAGACGAUGGGAGUGUAGAGAAGACAGACGGCACCACAAAGAUGAGCUUCAUGGAGGACAUCGAUGAGUUCCUUGGCAUGAAAGAGGGAGCUCAGGACGGGAAGAUCAAGAAUCGUAAGAGGAAACUGAGUGGCGGAUCCGAUGAACAAACAGAACCUCCUAACAAGGUUGCCAGUUCAGGUCCCAACACAGACAGCAAGAAGAGGGCAACCAAGAAGCGCCACGACUAUGGAUCAGAAUUUCGGUCUAAGAAGGCUGGCGGUGACAUGAUGAAGAAAGGCAAAAUGUCUCCAUAUGCCUAUGUGCAGUUUUCAAAGGACAGACUAAAUAAAAGGAAGAAAGCCAAGUACGAUGGACAGUUUACCAGCCUAGUGAGAGGAGCAAGAAAGGGUGUUGUCAAGGGUAGCAAGAAGAGAGGUCGCAACAAGAAGUAAUGACAACUUGAAGUGAAUUUUUUUUUUCUGAGAGGACUCCUUCAUUAGCUUUCACAAGCAUUAGCACAUUCAUGAUACCAUCAUUGUAUCAUGAUUCACAAACAUCAUUGUAUAGAUAUAUUGUUUAAUUAAAUAUAUAAUAUUUUA